AUGGCGUCUGCAUCCAAUUCCCAAUCGCACGCCCCACAAUUUUCCGCUGUUAUAGCUGGAAAUAUCGAUGGACGUACUGAUAAUGUUCGAUACCGUCAGAGACAAUUCCACCGUCUCCAGGCGAGCAUCCUCACGCACUUGACGGAGUUGAGAGAGGCUAUCUCGCAGGACUCGGGCCAUAGCGUAGAAGAGGUGCAGACGGAAGUCUGUCUGGCGUUGAAGGAAAUUCGCUCUCAUUACUCUUCUUUAAGUCUCGAGAAGAGUGUGCAGGUAGAGUACCGCGUGGCACGCGGAGAAGACAAUCUGGACAGGAAGACAGGCGCCGGCAUUGUCUAUAUUAUACCCAGCGCACACACGAUUUUUUACUCAGUCAUCGCCGCACUAAGUGCAGCCCUUGCGGCGGGAAACUGUAUCAUUUUGGAGCUUCCCAAAACGACCUCAAGAAUUACUGCGCUGCUCCGCUCAGUCCUCGCCGGAGCACUAGAUAGUGAUACCUUUACUAUCAGCGAGAGCCGCCCCGACGCGGCCUUUCUCAGUACUACUCUUGUUUUGGAUCAGCAGUCUGAAUGUCCUGCAACCUAUCCAACCCUCGGGUCGCCAAACGCUUUGCGCACAGUGGCCGUAGUCGACCGAACGGCAAAUCUUCAGGAAGCAGCAGUUGACUUGGUCCAGGCGCGGUUUGCAUUUGACGGUCGCUCUCCGUACGCUCCAGAUGUAGUGUUCGUCAACCAGUUCUGCAUGCAACCCUUCGUGGAGUUGGUGAUCAAGCACGCUGCCAAACAUCUUGGGGGCGACAACCGUGGCGCGAACUCGCUUGCUAAGCGCCCCAGGAAGUCCUCACUAUUGGACCAGAUAGGCUCCGAGGAGGGGGCUAAGGUCAUCGUAUCUGGUACUGGCUGGGGCGUUGCGCUGCUACAAGAUCGUGAUUCCCCCUUGAUGCGCGCCAAACUCAGUGAGAAGUGGCUAUUAUUGCACCCUGUGUCCAGUUUGGAUGAUGCGAUCAAUAUCUGUAACGCUUCCGGUACUCAUGCUGCCACGUACACCUUUGCAGCUCCAGCCGCAGCCAAAUACGUGUCAGAGUCAAUCGACGCGCAUACAGCAUGGAUCAGCCACGUUCCGUACGACGUACUUGUUGGACCCGUCGUCGUCCCUCUCAGCGAUCGUGUGAAUCUCCCGACACGGUAUACAACAGAGCACUUCCAGGUUUCCCGGCCUCAAGUCGUGAACCGGACCACCAACACGGCAAUCGCCAAGGCUCUCCUAGAAGGAAAGUCGGUUCAGUCAGAUCGCACCCUGCAAGAGAUCUUCUCUCCUCUCCCAGACAUCCAACAGCGACCCGGGCACAAAAUUGGCUAUUUUGAACAGGGUAUCAUUACAGGAGGGCUGAUCACUCUGACCUCGCUGAUCACAAUUGUAUCUGCUGCGGGAUACUGGGCUUUAAGAAUGAGGUAG